AUGACGAAUGAACAAAUGGUCGCCAGAGAAAUGCGAGAAAAAGCCGUCUACGCGCAGAAACUGGAGAAAGAGCUCGAAGAAACGCGAAAACGACUGGACGAACUCACCAAGUGUUGUGCUGGAAAGGAUGAUGAGCUGAAAACGCAUAUGGAGAUCAUUAAUGUUUUGAAGGAGGAAGACGGAGAGGGGAGGCGAGAAAUUGCUGAAAGAGAUCGAAGAAUAAAAGAGUUAGAGGAAAUGAUGCAAGGAAUGUUCGAUCGUGGAGAGAAUAAACAAUAA